AAUUUUUCGUAUUCACUGGGGGCUGACGAAGUAUAAGCGUAGUCCGUUUCGCUACGAAGUCGGGUAUAUGUUUUACUACGAAAACAUUGUGUACAUACACUUGACAUCGAAGAACGGAUUAGUGGAAAUUUGUGUUUAAAACAGAGUCAUGGAGUGGCUGGAUGUUUCCUUUGAGGAAGAGAUAGUAACAACGACACAACAUGAUCCGAAGCGCACAGUCGACAUGAUUGAGACAAUGUCUGAGACUGAAGGCUCAGAGUUGUCAACAGAUGGCUGGGCGCUGAUAGACACGGGAGAGGAUUUGCCCACUACCACUGUGUGUACAGAAGAUGAUGAUACAUACAGUAGCACCAGCUCGGUCGAGGUGAUGGAUGAUGAUGACGAGGAUGCAGGGGCAGAUAAUCUGGACAAUGCAGGCACCCCCCUGGUGGGAUCGCAUCCUAAACAAGGGCCGUUUUACAUCCUCAGGCUGCCCUCCAUUCAAGGUGAGGUACAUGGCAAUCAGCAUGUUGGUACCCGGCCCAGCCACCUGUCUCAAGAGCAGGAAACCAAGGCCUGCCCAAAUUCAGGUCUGACAGAGUCUGAACUGAUGAAUGCCAGCUUCAAUGAUGCAGACCCUGUUGUAACUAGCCAAAGGCCACCUGUGCAUCACCAGAUAUCCAGAGAGGAUAUAGAGGACCUCUGUAAGACUCUGGAAGAUCUUAAGAAUCGUGUGCAGGCAUCCAAGGAGGGAGCUUGCUCACAAUCUGACAUCACACAAACCCACACAGGGGCUAUUCAAAGUUUCAGUGAGUCAGAAAAUCAUGCUGCUGAUGGCAAGGGAGAUGAUUCUAUGUUCACGUCACCUGACUCACAGUUCAGUUUCCUUAGAUCUGAAUUAGCUGAGGAGAAAGACGUUGCCCCAGUGAAUGAUGAUCGAGAUACGAGUGCAAUGAUUGGACCUGACAGGGAGGGAUCACUAGAGGAGGAAGGGAUCUCAGACAAUGAAAGGGCUGGAUUGCAAGCCCCCAUUGACCUGGCCCCUGUAGAUGAGAAGGUGUGUGGGAUCAAAUGGCACUUCCUGCUGUUUGUUGUCUGUGCAGUGCUUGUUGUUGUACUCGGAAUGCUACUGACACAGAGGAUUAAGAUGGAUAAAUUGGUGAUGGAGACAAACACAAAAUCAAGAGAGGUGCAAUUGUUGGAAGACCAGCUGGAUACAGUAACAAAAGCAAAUCUAAGAAUGUUAAGAAGAACACGUGAUCUAGAGAGCCAGUUGGGAGAAUUGAGGCAGGAAGACAAUGCUGGUGCUGGCGAUGGAAACAAGUGGAGAUCGUGUGUGGACUACCUUAAGCAGAAAUAUCGGGGCAAGUCUGCAAAGCUCAACAUCACCUGGCAAGAGUUCCGUACAGAGAUGAAGGUCCUGGCAGAUGAACUACUGCAUGGGGAUGUGUAUAACUACUUCUACCAAUACUGGGCCCACUUCAAUCCCUCCUCCUCCUCCUCACAAUCCUCCUCCUCCUACUCCUCCUCCAGAUAUUCAGAUUCAACCUCCUCAUUCUCGUCAUCAUUUUCAUCAUCACCACCACCACCAUCUGGCAAGUCCUAUGACAGCUCGGAUUCCAGUUACAAGUCAAAAUCAGAGGGGUCAAGUGAUUCCAAUGAAGAACAGACAGGUGGCUUUUGGACGUAUACUGUUCUGAAAAUGAUGAACAAAACCAGAGGUCAUCUUAAAGAGACUUUGGAACAGGUCAAAAAUGUGUCUGACAGUCUGUGGUCAGAUCCCAUAGUCUCCAGACUUCACCAGGCGUUCUCAAGCAAGCUGGAGAGACUGAGCAACAAGUUUCAUGAUAAACUGUCCAGUAAGUUCAGCCGCUGGUUUGGGAGAUGGGGAAAUGUUCCACCAGGACCAGAACAUCCCCACAAUGCUGAAAAACAGGAAAAUGACUACCAUAAGGGAAAACAGGAACCGUCUGAUAGUGCUAAAAAGCAGGAACCAUCCCACAAUGCUGAAAAGCAGGAACCUUCACAAGCAAGGACCUUUAGACGAAAGUUUGAGAAGGAGGAGGAGACUACACAAGACCCAGUCAAACAGCUGGUUGAUCUCAGUGUCCGUGUUGAUGCUCUCAACAAAUGGCGCUUUGAGAGACUUGUAAGAAGUCGCAACUUCCAGCCUCUAAUGGCAAUAGCAGACACUCUAUCUGCCAUCAAUGUUGAUUCCCUCUCUGGCGUUGAAUCAAUUCAAGACUUUCAUUCCUGCCAGUAUGCAUGGUGGAACAGAGCGCUCAAGGAUUUGAACGUGUUGUCCAAGGGUGCAGUGGAUGUUCGUGUUGACCCCAGUGACCCCUCAUGUUUCCCGUCGCUAUGCUGCUGGCAGGUCAAGGUCAUUGGAGGAGACGUGAAGCAUUGUCGGAGGUUGAAGAGAAAGUUAGGAGCAUUGGAAGAUUCGUGCCUGUUGGAUCCAGACAACCUAUCUGGGUCUUACCUUAAAAUGUCCCACCAUGAGGCUGAUGGCAGGAAAAACAAACACCAGAAACACAGCGCUCAUAAUGUGGAUUGGAAGGCUGGACAUAAAUUGAAAGAUAAUGAUGAUAUAGAUGAUGGUGAGGAUUUUGGUGAUGAUGUUACCGUCAAAUACAUUUAUGAUGAUGAAGAUUGCAACAAGAAUGGAGACAAAAAAAGUGGCUGCAGCAAUGCAAAUAGCCAGUACAGUUCAAAUAAUGAUUUCGAUGUUGAUUAUGAUGAUCAAUCGGAGGAGAUAAAUACAGAUAAUGAUGAUGCUAAUUGGUAUAUAGAGAGGGCAGAAGGAAGGAAAUAUCUUCAUGAUGAACCCGAUGAUUGGUUUUUUCGACGUUCAAGGGAGAAACACAGCGUCUAUAAUCGUCAAUCACACGACCAGUCACCUAGAUCUGAUAAAAAGGAGGAGGUGAAUGAGGAUAAUGAUGAUGACUUCAGGUUAAAUUCUAAUCGUCGUUAUCAUUGCACUGAGCUUUAGGGGAGAAAAGUGGCUGCAGCAAUGCCAAUAGCCAGGACAUUCCUAAUGUAGCUUUUAUGCCCCCGGAUCGAAAGAUCGGGGGUAUAUUGUUUUUGGCCUGUCUGUCAUUGUAUGUGUGUGUGUGUGUGUCCCAAAACUUUAACCUUCUUCAUAACUUUUGCAAUAUUUAACAUAGCAACUUGAUAUUUGGCAUGCAUGUGUAUAUCAUGGAGCUACACAUUUUGAGUGGUGAAAGGUCAAGGUCAAUGUUAUCCUUCAAGGUCAAAGGUCUUUUUUUUCAAAAACUGAAACCAAAACUUAAACCUUCGUCAUAACUUUUGCAAUAUUGAAUGUAGCAACUUGAUAUUUGGCAUGCAUGUGUAUCUCAUGGAGCUGCACAUUUUGAGUGGUGAAAGGUCAAGGUCAUCCUUCAAGGUCAUAGAUCAAAUAUAUGGCUUCAAAGUGGCGCAGUAGGGGGCAUUGUGUUUCUGACAAACACAUCUCUCGUUUGCUAUGUUUCAGCUUAUUUUUAUUCUCUUAAUUCAUUUAGAACUAGUAUUCUUCGAGAGGGGCCUAUGUUUUCAUACUGCAAGAGGGGCCUACGUUGUCCUACUUUAUCAUGCUUUUUAAAUUACUGUGGGGGAAACCUGAGAAGUUUCAUAUAAAUCUCAUGAAGGGUAUAGAUUGUGUCAUUGCAUGGUGAUGGACCUUUUUUUAACUCAAUCCUAAUUAGUUCGUUAGUCUUUCAUGUUUAACUGCAUUUUGGCAUGCACAAAUUAAAAAAGAAACAUUGCUUGUUUUGUUACUUAAGAGUUAUAUAAAAAGACAUGUAUACUGUUUUUUGUAAAUGUUUAAUUUGAUGUCAUAGAGGCAAAAUGUUUUUGAUUUUGAAGAAUAUGUUAAUUGCAUAUUUUCAAAGAACAAGUUACACAACGUGUUGUAUUUCUCUGGCAUGAUGAAACAAAAUGAGUGUUAUGACUUGAUGGCUUUUAUUUAUUAUUUAGAGUGAAGUUUGAAAUUCCUGUUCUCUGAUUUCCAUAAAUUUUGCUCAUAGCAUUGGGAAGUUUUGACACAAUUACAUGACAUGUGUUCCUUAAAAUGUCCCCCAACAUAUGAAUCACGAUUAAGUCUAUGAUUAACUUAGUUUUGUUCCCUUUGAGUAAAUUUUAAUGUGUGUUGAUUAGUAAUGAUUCCUGAUUUAGGCAGAAUUUACACCGAGGAUAACAUAAUGGAAGUCCUCACUUCCAUGGUAUGGAUUUCUAAAGCAUAAAGCUGCCAUGGCAGCGAAAUUUUGCAUAUCAUAAACAAUGAGCAGUGCAAUUGUUUGUUGCAACAUAGAUUACAAUACAGAAAAUGAGCUUUAUUGUUUUGUUGUUCCAUUUUGCUGAAGAUCUUUCCAGCCAGAUUCAGCCCAAAGUGAUGUUGAUAUGUUUGCUAUGCAGCCUAUAUAUAUAUAUAUUUAUAUGCUUGCUUAUACGUGAAUUGGACUUGUAACCAUUUCUAGCGAUGUGCAUUUUAAGCUUACCUGAGCACAAUGUGCUCAUGGUGAGCUUUUGUGAUCGCCUUUUGUUCGUUGUAGGGCGUCAACAUUUGCCUUGUUAACACACUAGAGGCCACAUUUAUUGUCCGAUCUUCAUAAAAGUUAGUCAGAAGAUUUGUGGUAAUGAAACCUUGGGCAAGUUCGAAAAUGGUUGGUUGAAAAACAUGGCCCCCAGGGGCGGUGCAUUUUUCCUUACAUGGCUUUAGUAAAACCUUGUUAACAUUCUAGAGGCCACAUUUAUUGUUCGUUCAUCAUGAAACUUGGUCAGAAGAUUGGUCCCCAUGAUUUCUUGGACAAGUUUAAAAAUCGUUCCGCUUGGUUGAAAAACAUGGCCACCAGUGAGCUGGGCAUUUUUCCUUAUAUUGCUGUAUAUGGCUUAAGUAAAACCUUGUUAACGCUCCAAAGGCUCCAUUUAUUUCCAAUCUUCACGAAACUUGGUCAGAAAAUUUGUCCCAAUGAUAUAUUGGAUGAGUUUGAAAUGGUUCCGGUUGGUUGAAAAACAUGGCCGUCAGUGGGCGGGGCAUUUUCCCUUAAUAGGCUUUUGUAACACUCUUUAAGUCACAUUUAUUGUCCGAUCAUCAUAAAACUUGGUAAGAAUAUUUGUUUUAUUGAUAUCUUGGAUGUGUACGAAAAUGGUUCCGGUCUGUUGAAAAACGUGGCCGCCAGGGGGCAGGGAAUUUAUCCUCAUAUGGCUAUAGUUAAACCUUGUUAGAACUCUAAAAGUUACAUUUAUUGUUUACUCUUCAUGAAACUUUAUCAGGACAUUUGUUCUAAUAAAAUCUUCGGCUGCACAGAAAGGUUAGUUCCUUUGUAUCUCAGGUGAGCUAUAUUGAGCCUUUCAGGCCUUCUUGUUUGAAAAGUCAUUUUCUAAGACUUGUUUGACUCAUUGGAUAAAUUGCAAUUGGCUUCUUGCCUGUUUGUUUGACUGAAGUCCUCAGUUGUCAGGAAUAACAGUGUAACCAGGUUAAUUUAUCUUAACUGAUAAAUCUGGCUUUAGCUGAAUCAAAUGUGACAAAUUACAAGACAAACCCAAAUGGAAUGAAUAUUAAAAUAAUUAUUUUCUUUCUUCGUAGAAGUUUUGCGAACGUCAUACUUAAUUUAAUACUGCUGUUUUGUAGCUUCCUCUUGGAUAUUACUGUCACCAUGUUAUUAUUGUUGGUGUUUUGUUUACUGGAAAUAAAUAUCACCCUUGAA